AUGUGCGGCCCCCGUCAACACUUAUUUGCUGAUUUAUUGCUGAAUUCAUUUGCCAGUAGCUACUCAUUUCUCCAAUUUAGAUUCGUCGACAAGCAAACUAUUCUUGACAAGGAGCUUGAUGAUGUAAUGGAGCAGAUAAGAAAUAAAGAAGAACUACUUCAGAAGGCUAUAGAAAGCCAGAAGAAUGUCGACGAAUUGAUGAAACAGCACAGGCAAGAAAUGACUAGCCUCCAGCAGCGUAUCGAUGCUUUAAUGGCUGAAAAGGCGAAAUUAGAAGCCGAUCUGAGGAAAAUUUCUGUCAACAAUAAGCUGGCUGAGGAGCGAAGAAGAAAAUUAUUGGAGAUGGAGAAACAACUGGCUCAGUUUAAGAAGCAGAUGAAUGAAUUGAAACGGUUAGAAAAACAAAAACAGCAAAGCGAAGAAAUACAAAAGCGAAUGCAGGCUGAAAUUGCUACCCUGAAGCAGGCGAAAGUGCGAAUGGUAAAGCAGCAAAGGGAAGAAGCAGAGAAAUAUCGUCAGUGGAAGCUGAAACAUGACAAAGAGUUGAUCCAAGUCAAACAAAAGGAACGCAAGAGAGAUUUCGAAGCAGCUCGUGAGAAAAGAGCACAUGAUCAGCAGAUGCUGGUAUGCAAGCAAAAGUUGGAGGAGGCCAAGAACGUUAAUAAGCGUCUGCUAGCUCAAAUGGAGCGAAGUGCAGCGUUUGCUCGUGAGAAGCCAGGCACUGAGAAAUCUUUGGAUCAAGCUAAGCGAUUCAUCGAAUCCGAAUUGUCGCUUAUUGGAAGUUCGUACGAGGCAGAGCAGAUGUGUCAGUCAUUGAAAGACCAGAGAAGACAGCUUGGGCGAAAGAAAUCGCGUCUACUUAUUCAAAAGGAAUGUUUUGUUUCGCCAGAUGAGCCACUCAAGAAGCGGCGGUCUACAGAGGAAGGGUCUGUUCUGUCCAGCGAAGAUAGCGAAGCGCUAAGAAAAAUAGAUGAAGAAAUAGAAAAGAUUGACCACCAACAGAUGCUGUGCGGCGAUGAGCUGAAUAAGCUUCAGCGAGGUUGUGGUUCCAUAGAUGUGGACAGCAGGGCUGAGUCGCGAUGGAAGGAUCUUCUAACUCUCGCUUCUGCUCGUGUCUACCUGAAAGCAUUGUUUGAUCAGGCUGUAAACGAACGGAGGACAACUAUCGAUCUGGAUCUAUCUCUGAAGCGGCUUCAAAACAAAAUCAAAGAUUUGGAAAGCGGUGCACGUGAGAAGAAGAAGGAGCAUGACGACGAGCUAACGGCCUUGAAGGAGAAAACAUCGGAAGCUCACAAUGGAUUACGAGAACCAAAUAGCCCAUGCAGAAAUGCAGAAGACAUUAGAAGCUUUUUUCAGUAUAUGAACUUAAUGACUUUGGUGAGCACUUCUAAAGUAGUUGAUAGCGGCGUCGUCGAGGAAAUGAAGCAGUUACGUGACGAUAUUGAGCGAAUGCGUGAGAUUAAAGGAGAUUCGAAGAAGCGAAAGUCUGGUUUGGGACGUUCUCGAUCGUCAUCGUGCAUGGAACGCAUGAGCCCAGUGACUUUGACAACGGAGGAGGAGCGUCGUACACGUUCUUCUCGUCAUGUGCUCAUUGAUAGAUUUGGAAAUGUAAAAAAUCCUAUCAAAGAGGUGGAACCUGGCUCAGAGGAGGAAGAUAGCAUGUUGGACGUCUCUCAUCACUUGAGGAAAAAAGGAAAUAGAAAGAGAAGGACGAGAAUAGUGACCGAUUUGUCGCCUAUACAAGAUUUGAGUCGAUGCCAAGAACCUGAUGGCCCUGUUUCACCUCGCAGUCGCCGAUUAUCAAUGAUGUUGCAUGAACCACCUUCUUCACGCGGUGAUACGCCUGAUAAAGAGAAUGCCAUGGAUCAAACAUUUGUUAUGGAAACACCAUCUACAGGUAAUUACGAAAGUGGAGAUGUGGGGAAAGUGAUGACCGAUAAUCGGAAGUCGUUUCCUGCUUGGACACCUUCGGAAAUUGUAGCCGCUUACUCAGAAAAGAAUAUCAAAGAAUUAUUCGAAUGGCAAUCGGAUGUCUUGGAGUUUGCAGAGGCAAAUGACUGCAACAUUGUAUAUACUGCUCCAACCAGUGCUGGGAAGAGCAUUGUUGCCGAACUUAUAGCCCUUCGUUUGGCUUUGACAGGCAGAAAAGUACUUUUUCUACUCCCCUACAUAUCAGUAGCGAGGGAAAGGAUGCAGUUUCUUCAGGUGGAUUUUUUUGAUUUGCUUAAUGUGCUCUUUCUUUGUCAGUUAUAUGUGUUGUUGAAAAGUGCUAUGAUGAUGAUCAGUCGUCAGGAGUCACUUGUCCUCUUUUAUUGGUUAGUUAGACCUCCAUUCGGAAACUCAUUGGCUGGCAGGUGUUAA